AUGAACGCCUUCAUGGUGUGGGCUCGUAUCAACCGACCGGCCCUGUCCAGGGUCAGCCCUCAGGCCACCAACGCAGACAUCAGCAUCCAGCUGGGCAACGAGUGGAGCCGGAUGAGUGAGGAGCAGAAAAACCCCUACUUUCAGGAGGCUCAGAGACUGAAAAAUGUCCAUCAGCAGCAGUUCCCUGGCUGGAUCUAUCAGCCCCAGAAGAAGAAGGGGGGUCCUGGGGGCCACCGGCCCAGCCCCUCUGAUGCCGUCCAGGCUAUGGAAGAAGAGCCACAUGGUCAGGCUUCCACCCGUCACCGCUCAAUACAGCCCUCCAACCCUCUCCUCCACAGCGAGCGGGGAGCAGCUCCUUCCAACCCCUACUCAGCAUCUUCUGCUUUGAUACCCCGACCACGCGUCAUCUACCCCAACCCUCACUUUGGACCCUGCUACCCCCAAGGAUUCUUCAAUGGACCGCAGUAUUACCCUCAGAGCUACUACGACACCCCCCCCUUGAGGUACGACGUGGCUCUGACGGCCCUCCACCUGGAGUACCUGCAGCGCCAGCAGCAGGCUGCCUGGGCCGGCGGAGCUAGCCCCCCAGGACCUCCGGGGGCUCACCCAUACGCCACCCAGACCUUUGGCCCGUGGUUUCAGAACCCGAGUGGCCCGCCGGAGACAGAGGUCCUGGGCGCGUUCCUCCACAGCUCCGGCAGCUCGGCCAUGGGUCUCAUCCAGAGCCACCAGCUCAGCCUGCCACAGCAGCAGGGAGAGGGGGAGGGAUGUGACCAGGAGGACGAGGUGGUCGAAGUGCUCUAG